AUGGAUAACUAAGAAACUAAAGAAAAUCAAGAAAAAUAAUUUAUUUGUAUUGACCCAAAAUGCGAUUAAUAAAAUAGAUUAUUCAAAUCGAAAAAUGAGAAUCAUCCUCAUAAGUCUCAUGAUCAUUAAGUAUACUCUGAAUUCUAAAAACUAAUUCGUGCAUAAUUUCCAUAAUAAAUUAGAGAAUAGAUUAAUCAAUAAUUUAGCAAAGAUGAAUUGAUUAAAGCAAUCCAAACGCGAUCUGUAUAAAUGCAUGAGUCCGUUAAAAAUUUUGAAGAAAAUCUAAUUAAAACUAUCGAAGCAUAUGAUAUUUUGGGUGCUGAUAAAGCUUCAAUUAAUCAAACUUUAAGUUAAUUAAAUGAACAAAAUCCUCCAUAACAACUUAAUAUUUAAGGAUUAAUGCAUGUGCUAAAAUUCAAUAAAUUGGGUCCCCAAAAGGUUUUGGAAAAAUGGAAAAGGGAAAACGAUAUCAUCCUCAAAGAACUUAGCACUUAAGCAGAUGCAGCCUUAAAAACUCUAGGGAAUGUAACCAUUUCAAGUUAUAUGCACAUUUAACAUUUAUAAAGCCCAUUGAUUUUAUAAAAAAUGCACUUUGCUUGGAGUUAAAGUUAUAAGGCAAGUUCUAUUACAAUCAGAGAAGAUGCAGCAUAUGAGAAAGGAAAUUCAAUGGGAUUGAUUUGUAUCUAAUAGAUUUUGGAAAAAGAUUAAGUACAAAGUCUCACCAUUGAUGUUAAAGAAAGAGCUGGAAAUCUUUACAUAGGAGUGGUCGAUAUGAAUGAAAGAAAGUAAAGAGGUAGAAAAGCAUUCAGUUUCCAUGAUUGGAAUGAAUCAGGACAUGGAUUAUAUCUGCUCUAUCAUGGAGGAUAUGUUUUUAGUUCGAAUGAUCCAUCAAUAAAUAGUAAGAAGGCUGGUUUUACGUUUGAUUAAAGCGACAAGAUUAUUCUAACUUGGAAUGGGCCCGAGCAUGCUGUCACUAUUCUUAAGGUAGGAAGUAGUCAUCAAUUUACAUUCAAAGUUAAUCCUGAUGGAUAAUAUCAUUUUGCAGCAGGUUUGUUCAAAUGUGAGAUAAGGUUGCUUGAAUGA